AUGGCCGAUCAAAGGAAAUCCGACCGCGAUGGCUCAAGCGAGUGGCUCGAAAUGUCCGCCCUCGAGGGCUCCGUCUCCCGGCCCAGCGCGCGACAGACACUUCUGGACGAGGACGGGGUCCAGGCAAGCAAGACCGGAAAAGUUGCGUCUCUGGGUGCAAGAGUGUUGGAGUUCCUCCGCUUGAGACGAACCGCGCGAGCUGCCCCAGAUGGCCGCAGGAUACCAUUGCGACUCGGGGAGGAACCGCUGGUUGAUGAGCGGACGGGACGCCCGUACAUUUCCAACCGGAUCAGGACCUCUCGGUAUACCAUAUGGAACUUUGUCCCGAGACAACUUAUCUAUCAAUUCUCUAGGCUGGCCAAUAUGUAUUUUCUGAUCAUCGCAAUUCUUCAGAUGAUUCCAGGAUUCAGCACGACGGGACGGUUCACGACUCUCAUCCCAUUGUUGAUAUUUGUGGCUCUUACCAUCGCAAAAGAAGGCUAUGAUGACUGGAAGAGAUAUACGCUGGACAAGGCCGAAAACGCGAGUAAAGUCACCAUCUUGGGAAGUGAGCACGGUGCAACAGGCAAACAGCACGGGAAGCGGGUAUCUGCAGCAGACUCAGAGCUGGCUUUAAGCCCGUCCUCGGAUGGAAGGAGCCCAAGCACACCAUGGACGACAUCGCAAUGGGGUGACCUGAAAGUCGGGGACGUUGUGAGGCUAGCGGGAGAUGAACAGGUCCCAGCAGACAUAGUCCUUCUCUACGCCGACGAGGGUGUCGCGUUCGUGGAUACCAGGGCCCUGGACGGCGAGACCAAUUUGAAGAGCAAGAUGGUGCCAGCGGGCUUAAAGAGGUUGGAUUUGGUUUCGGUGCAGAAUAUCUCGACUUCCGAUGUCUACUUCACCAUCGAGCAUCCAAAUCAGGACCUUUACAACUUCGACGGAACCGCUACAGUUGACGGCAGCGAGACAUUGCCUCUGAAUGUGGACAACAUCAUUUAUCGGGGAUGCGAGAUCAAAAACACAAGGUUCAUCAUCGGCAUGGUUAUAAACACUGGCGAGGACACCAAAAUCCGCAUGAAUGCUAACCGUAAUCCGGAAGCGAAAAGGCCUGCUCUCGAGAAGUUCGUUAACCUGAUCGUCAUUUUUCUUGCCCUAUACAUGCUCGUCACCUCAGUACUGCUCUACAUGGGCUUCAAGAUCUACUGGCAAGGUUCAAAUAUACCAUGGUAUCUCAUGCUGUCGGUCGUCUCUGACCAAGAGGUCAUAAUCGGUUUCAUCAUCCAGUUCUCGAAUGUCGUCCCAAUGUCACUCAUAAUGGCCAUUGAAGCUGUCAAACUCAACCUGGCCGUACUAGUUGCUUCUGAUGUCGAGAUGCACCACGAGGAAUCAGACACGCCGGCGGGCUGCAACACGAACAUUAUCCUGGACGACCUUGGCCAGAUCGGCUAUGUUUUCUCGGACAAGACUGGGACGCUCACCGAUAACAUCAUGAAGUUCCGCAGGAUCAGCGUGGCGGGAACAAGCUGGUGGCACCAAGAUAGGGGACUUACUGCGGACAAGACCCCUGCGGCCCCAGAAGGUCGAGGCCAGACGACUGACGACCUCGUGGCUCAAAUUCGUCAAGAUCCGAGAUCUACCCUCUCCCAAGCAGCCUACGAAUACAUCCUAGCACUUGCUGUCUGUCACACAUGCCUCCCCGAGAAAGACCCCGAGACCGGCGAGAUCACGGAUUUCCAGGCGUCAUCGCCUGAUGAGCUGGCCCUGGUGAGAGCAGCACAAGAUCUCGGGAUCCUGGUCGUCGAGCGCUCAACACAGUCGCUUACUCUCGAAAUCUCGCACGGUCUGGGCCAAGAAGGGAGGCGCGAGACGUACGAGGUACUGGACGUUAUUGAGUUCAGUAGUAAGCGGAAGAGGAUGUCUAUCGUUGUCCGCCGUCCGGAUGGUAGGCUCUGGGUUAUUUGCAAAGGCGCUGAUACGAUUGUGCUGCCGCGUCUGAGAAAGGCACAAAUGGACUCCAGGAGACAGUCGCUCAGGCAACACCAGAGGGGGUCAACGAAUCUGUCCUUUCCCAGGCGCUCGUUGGAGUCUCCGACGAGUCCGAUUUCGGUACAUACGUGGAACCCUGGAACGCAAGGAUUCUUCGAUACGAACCCAUACGCCGGACGCUCGAGCCCAUAUCAAGAGUCGCACAUGAAUGAGGAUGAGGCCCUCAGCCGAUGCCUCGACCAUAUUGAUGAGUAUGCGAGAGAAGGUCUUCGAACGCUUGUUUUCGCACACCGGUAUCUGUCCAACGAAGAGUACAGAUCGUGGAAGAGGGAGUACCACGAUGCGCAGGUCAGCCUGACAGACCGUCAGAGGAAGUUGGAGGAAGUGGGAGAGAAGAUCGAGCAUUCGUUCGACCUAAUCGGAGCAUCGGGCGUCGAGGACAAGCUGCAGAAAGGAGUACCGGAGACGAUUGACCGCCUGCGAAGGGCACGCAUCAAGAUCUGGAUGCUGACAGGAGACAAGCGAGAGACAGCAAUUAACAUCGCACACUCGUCCCGCAUCUGCACGCCGGAGACGGCACUCUUCCAGCUAGACGUCGAAGACGGCGACCUAGAAUGGCAGAUCUCGGACAUCCUCAACUCACCAGACCGCCAAGCCGCCCCGCACAGCGCCAUCGUCAUCGACGGCCAGACGCUCACCGCCCUGGAGCAGCCCGAAGCGGCCCGGCUGCGCAAGACCUUCUUCACGCAGCUGAUCCCUGCCGUCGGCUCCGUCAUCUGCUGCCGGGCGUCGCCGUCCCAGAAGGCCCUCCUGGUGCGCGCGGUGCGCGACGAGCCCUCGCCGCCGCCGGGGACGACGGGCCCCGGCCGGGCGUGGUGGUGGGUGCGCACCAGCUUCACGAGCCACCGGCGGCCGCUGACCCUGGCCAUCGGCGACGGCGCCAACGACCUGGCCAUGAUCACGGCGGCCAACGUGGGCGUGGGCAUCUCCGGGCGCGAGGGCCAGCAGGCGGCGCGCGUCGCCGACGUCAGCAUUGCGCAGUUCCGCUUCCUCUCGCGGCUGCUCCUCGUGCAUGGCCGCUGGAACUACCACCGCAUCACUCGCUUUGUGCUGGGGAGUUUCUGGAAGGAGACCAUGUUCUGGUUCCCCGCCGCGCUGUACCAGAUCGCGGCUGGCUUCACCGGCACCAGCCUGUACGAGUCCACGGCCCUGACUGUCUACGGCUUUGCCUUCUCCACCGCCUGUACCAUGACGAUCGGCGCGUGGGAGAAGGACCUCAAGGCCAGGACGCUGAUGGCUGUGCCCGAGCUCUAUGCGUAUGGCCAGCGGGCGCAGGGCCUGAACUGGGGCGUGUUCCUCUCGUGGAUUGCGAAUGCCGUCUUGGCUGGGACAGCGAUCUCCUUCCUGACAUGGCUAGGCUAUGGCGGCGCGUACACGACCACCCCCGAUGACAACGGGCUUUAUGCAAUCGGCACACUGGUCUUUAUUGCGUGCAUGAUCUGGACAAACGUGAAGAUACUGAUCCUGGAGAUGCAGUACAAAACCAUACUUGUACUCCUUAUAUUCUGCGCCGAGAUCGCCCUGAUCUGGCUGUUUCACAUCGUGGUGGGCCACGUCUUCACCUCCCUGGUCAUCAGCCCCUAUUCCGUAGUCGACGGCUUCAUCCGGAACUUUGGUGGGGAUGCUGCGUGGUGGGCUACGCUAGCUCUCGUACUGGGUGGGCUCUUUACUGUGGAACUGUCGGUGGCUGCGCUGAGGCAGCGAUUUGCGGCUUCCCUGAACCAGGUCUGGAGGACCAGCGAAGGCCGGGACCACGUGAGGGCGUGGGAUACGCGGCUCUGGAAGGAGAUCGAGCGGGAUCGUGGGUGCAAGCCUCGACUUGAGGAGAUGGCACGAGAUUGA